GAUCACUCAUGGGAAGAAGGUGGUGUGCAGAGUAUUAUUUGUGCUCUUCCAAGGAUCAAAGCAUCAGCUGGAAGACAAAGAUGAUGCCUAAAAGAUCACACUGGACAACUGAGAAUAACAAGCAACGUUGAAAAGCAAAGCAAAUUGAAUAAAGAUAUUCUCCAUUUUCUUCAAGAAAAACCACACAAUACUUCUCCUUCCCCAGCAGGUGAAAGAUAAAGGAAAGAAAAUUAAGAACACAUUUCAAGCUGGAAAAUGUAGAGUAUGCGGAACUCAACGAUACAUUAUACAUAAAGGUCAGGGAAGAUUAUUUUUCCAUUUCAGCAAAAGGGGGAAAUAUCUGGAAGUCAGUGGGAAGGAAAGCUGAAUUGGUUACAUAGGGCAGAUAAUAAUGCAGGACUUGCCCUGGAAGAAAGAAAAGGGCUUAAAUCAAAGCACCCCUAAACAAGGCAUCACACAUAUUUUAGACCUAAAGAAUAUCAGUGGUGGAAAAGCUCCAUAGAUGUGCCUAUUGUGAGAAAAGCAAAUUUCUAAUCACAAGUGAUUAUACAGGGGAGAAUCCACUCCGGAGAAAAGCAGAUACAAAUUAUCUGAAUGUGAUAAAAUCCCAGGUCAAAACAGCUCAUUUUUGGUUUUGUUCAUCCACAUAGGAGAGAUGCCCUACAAGUGCUCCCAAUGUGGUAAAUGCUUUAGCGAAAAUGGCAACUUGCUGAUCCACCAGAAGAUCCACAUGGGAGAGAAGCCGUAUGACUGUCCUGAUUGUGGAAAACGUUUCAUUGGAAAUUCCCACCUUGUGAGACACCUGAGGACUCACACAGGAGAGAAACCCUUUGAAUGUCCUGAUUGCGGGAAAAGUUUCAGUCACAAUUCCAAUCUCAUAAGACACCAGAGAACUCACACAGGAGAGAAACCCUUUGAAUGUCCUGAUUGUGGGAAAAGUUUCAGUCAGAAUUCCUGCCUGGUGAACCAUCAGAGGACUCACACAGGAGAGAAACCCUUUGAAUGUCCUCUUUGUGGGAAAAGUUUCAGUCAGAAUUCCUGCCUGGUGAAUCAUCAGAGGACACACACAGGAGAGAAACCCUUUGAAUGUCCUCUUUGUGGGAAAAGUUUCAGUCAGAAUUCUGACCUAGUGAAACAUCAGAGGAUUCACACAGGAGAGAAACCCUUUGAAUGUCCUGACUGUGGGAAAAGUUUCAGUCAGAAUUCUGACUUGGUGAUCCAUCAGAGGACUCACACAGGAGAGAAACCCUUUGAAUGUCCUGAUUGUGGGAAAAGUUUCAGUCGGUACUUCAGCCUGCUGAUACAUCAGAGGACUCACACAGAAGAGAAACCCUUUGAAUGUCCUGUUUGUGGGAAAAGUUUCAGUCAGAAUUCCAAUCUGGUGAAACACCAGAGAACUCACACAGGAGAGAAACCUUUUAAAUGUCCUGAUUGUGUGAAAAGUUUCAGUCAGAAUUACAACCUAAUGAAACAUCAGAGGAUUCAUACAGGAGAGAAACCCUUUGAAUGUUCUGAUUGUGGGAAAAGUUUCAGUCAGAAUGAUAGCCUGGUGAAACAUCAGAGAAUUCACACGGGGGAGAAACCCUUUGCAUGUGUUGAGUGUGGGAAAAGUUUCAGUCACAAUUCCAACCUGGUAAGACAUCAGAGAACUCAUACAGGAGAGAAACCCUUUGCAUGUGUUGAUUGUGGGAAAAGUUUCAGUCAGAAUUCCAACUUUAUAAGACAUCAGAGAACUCACACAGGGGAGAAGCCGUAUGACUGUCCUGAUUGUGGGAAACGUUUCACUGGAAAUUCCCACCUCGUGAAACACCUGAGGAGUCACACAGGAGAGAAACCCUUCGAAUGUCCUGUUUGUGGGAAAAGUUUUAGUCAGAAUUUGUACCUGGUGAAUCAUCAGAGGACUCACACAGGAGAGAAACCCUUUGAAUGUCCUCUUUGUGGGAAAAGUUUCAGGCAGAAUUCUGACCUAGUAAUACAUCAGAGAACUCACACAGGGGAGAAACCCUUUGAAUGUCCUGAUUGUGGGAAAAGUUUCAGUCAGAAUUCCCACCUGAUGAAACACCAGAGGACUCACACAGGAGAGAAACCCUUUGAAUGUCCUGAUUGUGGGAAAUGUUUCAUUGGAAAUUCCCACCUUGUGAGACACCAGAGGACUCACACAGGAGAGAAACCCUUUGAAUGUGCUCAUUGUGGAAAAAGUUUCAGUCAGAAUUCCCACCUCGUAAAACACCAGAGGACUCACACAGGAGAGAAACCCUUUGAAUGUCCUGAUUGUGGGAAAAGUUUCAGUCAGAAUGACAGUCUGGUGAAACAUCAGAGGACUCACACAGGAGAGAAACCCUUUGAAUGUCCUCUUUGUGGGAAAAGUUUCAGUCAGAAUGACAGCCUGGUGAAUCAUCAGAGAACUCACACAGGAGAGAAACCCUUUGAAUGUUCUGAUUGUGGGAAAAGUUUCAGUCAGAAUUCCAACCUGACAAAGAUGAUGCCUGGCUCCAUAGAUGUGCCUAUUGUGAGAAAAGGAGACUUCAAAUGACAAGCAAUUAUACAGGAGAG